AUGUCGACUCCUCGAGCAGUGAGGCAGCUUGCCAAUGGACUGUUCCGACGAACAAACCCUAGAACACGCUUCCUUCCUAUCCAACGCAACAUACAUAGCACGAGCAAACCGGCCUCGCAAGCAGCGGCGGGCCAACCCAUUGUCGAAGCAGAAAGACCCUCGGAGACACCUAUCGUAAACCCACCGCUCAGCUUCCCUUGUCUGGAUGCCUUGGACAAGAAGACCCAGACCUUGACGAACAAGCGAUCGUUAUCUGGGCCCGAACCGUCAUACGCGCCAGGUGCGACCGAGACCUUCCACUGCCCCUCGCCGCUCCUGCUGGACUGGGGCGGUGUUUUGCCGUCCUUCGGUAUCGCAUAUGAGACUUGGGGUACCCUCAAUGCCGACAAGAGCAAUGCUAUCUUGCUACACACAGGCUUGAGUGCUAGCAGUCACGCAAAGAGCACACCCGCAAACUCCAAGCCUGGUUGGUGGGAGAAGUUCAUUGGUCCUGGUGCACCCAUCGAUACCGACAAGUACUUUGUCAUUUGCACAAAUGUGCUGGGAGGAUGCUACGGCAGUACUGGUCCAAGUUCCAAGGACCCUUUGGCUAGCGACCAGCCAUAUGCUACACGAUUCCCCAUCCUUACCAUGCAGGACAUGGUGCGUGCACAGUUCCGUCUUCUGGAUUGGAUGGGCAUUGAGAAGUUGUAUGCUUCUGUUGGCUCUAGUAUGGGCGGCAUGCAGAGUCUGGCUGCGUCUGUCCUGCACCCCGAGCGUGUGGGCAAACUCGUCAGUAUCUCGGGCUGUGCUAGAAGUCACCCUUACAGCNUUCUCAUGAAUGACCCUGCUUGGUCUUCGACACGCGGCAACUACUACUCGGCCAUCCCACCCCACGCCGGCAUGAAACUAGCUCGCGAAAUCGCAACCGUAACCUACCGCAGUGGCCCUGAGUGGGAACUCCGCUUUGGCCGCCGUCGCGCCGACCCUUCAAAACCUCCUGCCCUCUGCCCAGACUUCCUCAUCGAGACCUAUCUCGACCAUGCAGGUGAGAAGUGGUGUUUGGAGUACGAUGCAAACAGCUUGCUGUACGUGAGCAAAGCGAUGGAUCUGUUCGAUUUGGGCAAGGAACACAUGGAUAUGUUGGAAGGUGUCAGAGCAUCCAAUGCUCACAAACUCGACCAGUUUGGCGCCGAUAAACCCACUCCGAAACCAGAGAGUGGCGCGGCGGAUCUGUGUAACUUGACGUUGCCAGACACUCCUUAUGAGGAGCAAGAGUCGACUGCGGACAUAAUGAAUGAGAACACUGAUGUCAAGGCUGCUACUCAAGAUAACGAGCCUCCGGCUGAUCUUGUCAAGGGCAUGCAGGGGUUGAGGGAUAUCCCUGCUUUGGUGCUAGGUGUGGCUUCUGAUAUCUUGUUCCCUGCUUGGCAACAGAGAGAGAUUGCUGCCGCGUUGAGGAAGGUGGGAAACAGAAAAGUUACCCAUGUUGAGCUUGGCGAGGAUAGAAGCUUGUUCGGCCAUGAUACCUUCUUGCUUGACCUUGAAGGCGUUGGUGGUGAACUGAAGAGGUUCUUGGGUUAG